GCGGAGGGUUUGAGGGAGCCGGUGAAUUUCGAGGUGGUCUCGGCCGACGCGGAGACCGUGGAGUUCAAGAUCCGGUGCCGCAAUGGGAAGACGCUGCACGAGCGCAGCCGCUUCCAGAAGGACCGCAAGUGGGGCUACGUCUACAGCGGCGAUUCG